AUGGGUGAUUUAAUUUUACAAUUAAAUUAUAAUUAAAGUUUUAAUUUAUAAAUCAAUUGUAAAAUAUAAAAACAAACAUUCUUACCUCUUAACAUCGCUUAAUGACAUAUAGUAUGUACAUGUAAUCGAACCCAAUGCAAAGUACCAAUACUAUUUUCUUAUGAUUAUAAAUAAAUAAAUGGAAGCCUACUGUGUUCAAUGCUGUAUUUAUAUAUUUAUAAUAAAUAAGUGUAAUUUAAUAUUUAUUAAAAAUAAUGGUAUUGGAAGAAAAAAUGAGUAAAAAGAGUCAUCGUAAACAAAAAAGGGCUCAUUACAGACUUCUUAGAGACAUGAAUAUUAAUUGUUGUGAUAAUCCUACAAAGUACAUAAUGAUUUGCAAUGCUGGUUUAGUAACUGGGCUUCAGAGAGAAAUGUUACAACAUAUUAUAGAUCCAUUGAUUAACAAAUAUGAUUUAGUAAUGCCUUUAAACAAAUCAUAUUGUUUUAUAAAAUUGUAUUCAAUAGAAGAUGCUGCUUGUUUAUAUAACAAAAUUCAUGGUCUAAUAAAGAUUAAGGGGCAGAAUACACCAUUGUAUGCAGCAUUUACAGAAGCAGUUCCUGAGUUAGAUUGUGAAGAUUGGUCUAAUGACUUUCCACCUGGACUUAAAUUAAUAGAAAAUAUUAUAACUGAAGAAGAAGAAAAAAUGUUAAUUAAUUCAAUUAGUUGGAGCAAUGAAGAAUCAUGUGACCUAAAACAUAGGAAAGUCAAACACUUUGGAUAUGAAUUUCAGUAUGGUUCAAACAAAGUAGAUCUUGAUAAACCUAUUACUCCUAUUCCUGAAGAUUAUAAAUUUUUAAAUGUGCUAUUUGAAAAAUAUCACAAUGUACCAUAUGAAUAUGAUCAGCUAACAAUUAAUCACUAUUUACCUGGUCAAGGUAUACCCCCACAUAUUGACACGCAUAGUGUCUUUGAGGACAGUAUACUUUCAUUAUCAUUAGGUUCUGCAUGUAUUAUGGAUUUUAAACGAGAAUAUAUAAAAGCGGCUAUUCUUCUACCUCCUCGUUCAUUGUUAAUUAUGUCCGGAGAUGCUCGAUAUGCAUGGUCACAUGGAAUUUAUCCUAGACAUAAUGAUAUGGUGAAAACUCCAACUGGAGUUACAACGCAACCACGAGGAAUAAGAAUAUCGUUUACAUUUCGAAAAGUACGUAGCGGUAAUUGCUUAUGCAAUUUUCCAAAAUACUGUGAUACCAAACAGGAUGGCACCACCACUAUCAUAGAUAAUAAAGCUGCUACAGGAUUAGAAAAUUUAUAUGUACACGAAGUUUAUGACCAAAUCUCAAAUCAUUUUGAUCAAACAAGACAUAAACAAUGGCCUAAUGUAUCAAAAUUUCUUCAAAGCUUAAAUAUGGGUGAUAUCUUAUUAGAUGUUGGUUGUGGAAAUGGUAAAUAUCUGUAUGAAGAAGAACAUAUAUUCAAGAUUGGAUGCGAUAGAAGUCAAAAUUUAAUGAAAAUAUGUUAUGAUAAAGGUUUUGAAGUAUUUCUAUCUGAUUGUUUAUACUUGCCAUACAGAGAUGAUAGUAUAGAUGCAAUAAUAAGCAUAGCUGUAAUUCAUCAUCUUUCAACUAGUGAAAGAAGAAAACAAGCUAUUUCCGAAUUAGGACGUGUUCUUAGGCCAAAUGGAAAGUGUUUAAUUUAUGUAUGGGCAAAAGAACAAGAAAAAGAUUCCGUUCAAACAGCUUAUUUAAAAUAUGGCUCAAGUGUAAAGGAAAAUGUUGUAUGUACUCAAAAAAUAACAGAAUGCGGUGUAUCGUUACCGAUACAUGAAAAUCGUACAAACUUUACGUCCACUGAUAUGCUUGUUCCAUGGAAAAGAAAAGGAGGAGGAAAUUUUCUUAGAUAUUAUCAUGUGUUUGAAGAGGGUGAACUUCCAAAAUUAUGUUCCGAAGUGUCUAGUUUUAUAAUAGAAAAUAUAUAUUAUGAUCAAGGUAAUUGGUGUGUAAUAUUACAAAAGAAAGAUAAAUAAAUUAGGUGAAACAAUA